GGAAAACUCCGAAUGGCGGCAGUAAAUGACCUUUGUUAUGUCCCCUUCGAUAGUGUCGUUGACACUUCCUUCUGGCACAUUCUCUCUAAGAAGAAACUCGACGAAUAUCGUCUUGAGGAGGGGCCUUUCCCGAUGUCCGGAGAGUUUACCAAUGGAACUCCCGUUGGAAUCGCACCUCGCAUGAGCAUCGAUCACGCCAGUUUGAAUGGUGUAAAUUCGAGUGGAAGAGGCAACCUGUUUCGUGUCAACGGCUACUUAUUCACUAUCAAUACGAUUGACAAGUUUCGCACGAUGGACAAGCAGGCGCAGAUUGACGAGUUCGGUCGGAAGCACAUUUGUGGGGAGGCCGUGAAUUCGCAGCGCGACUUCCUGCGACAUCCAAAUAAAUUGCUCACCUUCUUUCUUUCUGCCUUUUGUGAUCUGAAACACCACAAAUUCUAUUAUUGGUUUUCGUUCCCCGCCGUCUCCCAAGUACACAAACCGCAACUCCUUUCCAAGACUUCAAUUACGACCGAAUUUAGCCAAGCACAGCUUGGCACCUUCCUGCCGAGUUACGAUGCGUGGCGCCAGCAAAGCGGUGACGCAUUCUUCUGCCUGAAGGCCACCCCCGACGGACUUGCCGUCGCCAACCUCGAAACUCUCGACAUCGGAAACAAAGCACGUUCCAGUGGUCACGGUAGCCAUUACGUCGGGUUUUGUGAUCCAUCUAGCCACGCCGACUUCCCUGGUUGGGCCUUGAGGAAUCUGCUUUUCGCCCUGUCGACCACAGUGUAUGAACGACUUAGCGAUUCGGUUAUUUUUAGUUCUCACCGAAAAGACAGCCAAGCAAUCAAGGUUAUCUGUUUUCGUGACCGCUACUUCAAUCAGGAACGGAAUUUCUCCCACAGCCUCGUCCUGGGGAUCAAAAUUGAACCGGAAUCCGCCUCCGAAGAUACCAGAUUCGUUGGAUGGGAAAAGUGGAAGGGGAAGCUGCAACCGAGAUUCGUCAACCUCAGCUCAACUAUGGAUCCCGUCAAGUACGUUUGUCUGACUCCGUUGGCCUGUGGUUGCCAGGGUUCCCUUUUUUACCCAAAGGUGGCUCUAGAAACCGGUCACAGAAGAAGUCAUUCAUUGACUGGGGAUAAUGUAAUGAAGCUGGCCACUUCCGCAGUGGACUUGAAUUUGAAGUUGAUGCUGUGGCGCAUGCUCCCCAAUAUCGACCUCGGUGUGCUGCACAAAACCCGCUGCCUCAUCCUCGGUUCGGGCACCCUGGGCUGCAACGUCGCGAGGCAACUUCUGGCCUGGGGCUUCCAAAGCAUAACUUUUGUGGACAACUCCACUGUCUCCUAUUCGAACCCCGCUCGACAGACUCUCUUCACUUUCGAGGACGCCAAAUCUGGCACCGAGAAGGCUGUUGCAGCCGCCGAGGCCCUCAAGCGGAUUCUCCCCUCUGUCAAUGCAAGCGCACACAACCUCACAAUUCCAAUGCCCGGCCAUCCCGUGUCAAACGCCUCUGCUGGUUCAAAUGCGUCCAGCCUUGUCGAGUCUGUGCGCGAAGCCUGCUCGAAUCUGGAUGAACUUGUUCAAAAUCACGACGUUGUUUUCCUUCUGUUGGACACACGUGAAGCUCGUUGGCUCCCCACCCUCCUGGCUACUUACCACGGCAAGCUUGCAAUCACAGCCGCGCUCGGUUUUGACACCUUUCUGGUCCUGCGUCACGGCCUGCCCCGCAAGCAAGGCACCUCGCCGUCGUCAGACCGUUGUGUCUCCGGGGAAUCAAGCAAGAAGAUAGAUGGUGGUGGUUUGGGGUGCUACUUCUGCAAUGACGUUGUCGGCCCUGCAAAUUCCACGAGAGACCGGACCUUGGACCAGCAGUGCACAGUCGCCCGUCCGGGCGCCUCGAUGGUGGCCUCCGCCCUAGCCGUGGAGCUGUGCGUCGGUCUGUUGCAGCAUCCCGAUGGGCAAGUCUCGAUUCACCAAGACUUUCGACAAUGCUUCGCUCCCGCUGGCGGACGCAGCGACGCCGAUUGUCCGGGCUCGCAGGACUACACCUUCGGCUUUCUGCCCCACCAGAUACGUGGAUUUUUGUCGCAAUUCUCCGAGGUCGUGCCCUGCACUGCCGCCUUCUCUCGGUGCUCCGCGUGUUCGCAACCCGUACUGGACGCCUACGCUAAGGGUGGUUUUGACUUCUUGCUUCGGGUCUUCGACGAGCCUGGCUACCUGGAAGAGGUUUCCGGGCUGAAGGAGCUGCAACUUGAAACUUACUUUGAUGAAGUAAGCUGCUAG